CAGAAACCCUCUUUGGCAAAGCAAAUCAAACCAUUAUUCCAUUUUUAUGUAAAAAACACUUAGGAGGCAAUCAAUUCUUUUGAAAAAACAAAUUCUAGAAACCAUUUAGCAUCAGUGAAAGAUACCAGAAAUUACAAAACCGUUUCAAGAAUGUGUGUGUGUGAUUUUAAGAAUACUUAUCUCUAACAGUAUACGGAUAAAGGAAGCUAAAUUGCGCUUAUGCAGACGCCUCUCACUUCUCCGAGAUGAACUGGCGACGGAAUGGCGGUCGUGGUGGCGCCUCCUUCGCAACAAGGCCGAGAAGGACACCUCAGGCGGACCUCCCCCCUCCUUCCCCGGAUAUGGUAAGGUUCGUGUGCGUAAGUGAUACGCACAGCCGGGUCGUGAAGGCGGGCGUACCAGAUGGAGACGUCCUCCUCCAUGCAGGAGAUUUCACAGGGCGAGGCACACUCAGCGAGGCCAUGCAGUUCAAUAUUUGGCUUGGGACGCUACCUCACAAGCACAAAGUGGUGAUAGCAGGGAACCACGACAUCCUCCUCGACGCAGAGGAAUGCGGCCGUGCUCUUCCCGCUGACGCAACGCGAUUCCUCACCAACGCCAUCUAUUUGUGUGAUGAGAGUGUGACUCUCUUCAACAUCAAAAUAUAUGGUUCGCCGUGGAUACCCGAAUAUCAUUCGCCCAUGACAACGGCAUCCGAUAGGUGGAAAGCAGAGAAAUACCCACAUCUAAGGGCCUUCGAAUUACCCCGAGGAGAACCCCUCCGGCAGAAGUGGCAAGCCAUUCCCAAGGACACGGAUAUCCUGCUGACCCACACGCCGCCCCUGGGUCAAGGCGACCUGACCGCAAGGAAGAAAAGGGCUGGGUGUGAGGACCUUCAGGAGACCGUGCAGCGUCGUGUCAGGCCCAAGUACCACGUCUUCGGUCACAUACACGAAGGCUACGGUGUCUCGAGGGACGCGAACACAAUAUACAUGAACGCCUCGAUCUGCAACUCGAGGUACCAGGCAAUCAACGCGCCGCUCGUCUUCGAUUUACCUUUGCCCGAUGGAGUGUCCAAGUCUUGAAUCGGUAUGGUUUUCUUGCGGGUUAGAAAGAACACAUUGUCACAAUAAAUAAAUAGCUCCAUCGGCGAAUAAGGUAAAGGGAAACAUAGCAAGAAAGAUUUUGUUUGUUCUUUUUUUAAAAUUAUAAUUAACCUCUGUCUCUCUCUUUCAUCCUCUCCUGUUUCUCCCUUCUUUCUAUCCCUCACUACACCCCCCUCCCUUCUCUCUCUCUCUCUCUCUCUCUCUCUCUCUCUCUCUCUCCUCUCCUCUCUCUCUCCCUCCCUCCCUCCCUCCCUCCCUCCCUCCCUUCCUACUCUUGGUUUUUGCUUUCAUAUUCUUCAGAGACCUUUGGACUGAAUAUCCUCUUUAACAGCUCUGAGGAAGUUCUCGAGACUUCCGUUCUCAUUUACGCGUGAAAUUUUCCUUCCACUAACAGUGUCUCUUGGGAAAAUGAUAUUCAGAGCGCCAGCCUUUCCAAUAUGACCACGAAUCAUAUGUGGUGCUUUCCUUUGAAUCACGGAAAACUUCAUCAUUCAUUUUACUGGAAGGCGCCAUCUCACUCACGAAAAGUCAUAGUUUAACUGAAUAAAACAAAAACGAAAGAAUAACAGCCUGUGCCUACAUGUUGGAAUAUGUACGCGGGCUUCUGUCUCCCCUCCUAUAGGCCGAAAACUCCGUGAACACCCUCUUAUAUGUUUUUGUUUUUGUUUUUUUUCAUUGUAAUCUUGUCGAAAGCUUAUGGUUUUACAUAUACCUUGAUAUAAUAAAACAGUAUUGUAAUGUACAUCCCAUAUCGUCUUUGUUCAUUAUACUUACAGCAUAAAAUUGAAUGAAACCAAGUAAAGAGUA